UCUCUCUCACGCACUCACACACUAAAAAAACUCCUCUCCUGUUCUUUUUCCUCUACUUACGUACACACACAUUCAACAUUCUCUUCUUUUCUGAUUUUUCUCUAUAAAAAUUCACACCAUUAUUAUUGCUGUACUUCCCCCCUUUUCCCCUGUUAAUCAAAUAUACACUGACCCAAGAUUCAAUUUGCAUUUUAUAACCACACUGUUAAAUUUUUCUAUACAUUUUUUUAUAUAUAUACACACUGUUAAAUUUGCAUUUUAUAGCUGGCUGUUUUGUCAAGUGUUUGUGUGUGUUUGAACAUCUAUCUCAAAGCCCAUCUAUCAAUUCAGUCGUUUUCUUUUCCUGGUUGCUAGUUUAACGGUACUUGCUCGAUUUUAAGCUUAUAAUUUUGCAUAUUCCUUUUGUUUUUGUCAUGUGGGCCAAUUUGAUUUCCGGGUUUUAGACUGAAUUUAGGAUCUGUUUUGUGCUUAAUUCGUCAUCUGAUCAAAAUGUGAGUGGGUUUUUUCGGAUUUAGAUCUGGUGCUGGUACUGUUAAUUUGUACUGUGAGGUUAUCGGAAACUUUUUGAUUUGGGGGCAGUUUUGGAUCUAUACGGAUACCAUGCAACAGUACUGUGCCAUUGAUCUGGGAAAAAAAUUGUUUUUAGCUGAUUUAUUGUUGAUUUAAAGAAGAAUUUGGGAAGGACCAAGGGUUUCCUUGAUUUGGAGUCUAAUUUUCUUUUGCCUGUCUGUGAUAUGUGGAGGACUUGAUUAUCGUUUUUGUUUGCUGUCAGUGUGAAAUGUUUGUUGUAGUUGUUAACUGUAGAUCAGUUGCAACUGAGACUUCUAUUUCAUUUUCUUACAAGAGAAAGGAAGAAUUUCUAUGGAAUUCAUUAGUUUUGGGUAUUAAAAUGUUAUGGCAAUAAGAUCACAGUCUAUAACUGUGUGGGAUUUUAAUAUUUGGCUAAUUAGUUUGAGUUCUUCACCUAAUUCCUCCAGGUGGGCCAGCUGGGAAACAAACAAUUUUCUGAAUUUUAAUGCGGAAAAUUGGGGGAUUCUUUCUGGUGCUCGAGGGUUAGUCUUUCUCGUGUCACCAGCUUUUGCAACGGAUCGAAAGGACAAUGGCGCCAUCUAGCAAGGCAGAUAAGAAAGCUGCAGUUGAUGCUGCAGCAUGGAUGUUCAAUGUAGUUACUUCUGUUGGGAUCAUUAUCGUCAAUAAAGCCUUGAUGGCUACUUAUGGAUUCAGUUUUGCUACAACUCUAACCGGUAUGCAUUUUGCGACCACAACAUUAAUGACGGCUGUUCUUAGGUGGCUGGGUUACAUCCAGGCUUCUCAUCUACCUUUAUCAGAGCUUAUUAAGUUUGUCAUAUUUGCAAAUUUCUCUAUUGUCGGGAUGAAUGUCAGCUUGAUGUGGAACUCAGUUGGAUUUUAUCAGAUAGCGAAGCUGAGCAUGAUUCCUGUAUCCUGCUUAUUGGAAGUCGUAUUUGACAAAAUUCGAUAUUCGAGAGAUACAAAGCUCAGUAUUGCCAUCGUUCUCCUUGGUGUUGGUGUUUGCACUGUCACUGAUGUGAGUGUGAACACCAAAGGGUUUGUUGCCGCCUUUAUUGCAGUUUGGAGUACUGCUCUGCAACAAUAUUAUGUACACUUCCUCCAACGGAAAUACUCCCUUAGUUCAUUCAAUCUUCUAGGACACACAGCACCUGCCCAGGCUGCAUCAUUACUUCUGCUCGGUCCUUUUCUGGAUUAUUGGUUGACAAACAAGAGGAUCGAUAGUUUCGAAUUCAACUUGCCUUCUUCGGUAAGAUCUUUGGCGACUUAUUGCUUGUGUGAGAAUAUGAUAUUUCAAAUAUGUGCUGUAAACCUUCCUUGCAUUGUUUUCCAUUAUAUUAAUUUGCACUACUGUACUUAUCCUAGAUUUUGCUCUGCUUAGUAGUGUGUGAAAAUGGUGAUUGCAUGCUGAAAUUACUUUCUGUGAUGAUAAUUAAGCUAUUUGGCUUUUACAAAUAUACGCUCAUUCGUGUCUACAACAUGUCAUAUCUAAACAUUACAAUUUGAAUUGGUUGUUGAGUGUUAUGUCGGCCCAACCCUUUCCUUGUGAAACCUGCUCUUCCUUUUGAGCUUGAUGUUUUCUGGUCCAUGUCUUAGUCAGAAAGGUAUUAUCUUCUGGCUUGUGAACUAACAUGUGCAACUAUGGUUUCUUAGGCGUUUGCCAAUUAUCUCACCAGAUAGGAUUGCAUUGUAACUGAGGGUGACUUUAUUUUUGUUGUCCGUUCCAGUUGGACAGAAAUGAUUUCUCACCAUAUUUUCUCUCAUCAUCUCUUUUACUCUUCAGGUGUUUUUAUUCCUCUCUUGCACAAUUGCAGUGGGAACAAAUCUCAGCCAAUUUAUCUGCAUCGGCAGAUUUACUGCUGUCUCAUUCCAGGUCCUUGGGCAUAUGAAAACGAUUCUUGUUCUGAUACUAGGAUUCAUAUUUUUUGGAAGAGAGGGUCUCAAUUUACAUGUGGUUGUUGGCAUGAUCAUCGCUGUCAUUGGAAUGGUUUGGUACGGCAAUGCUUCUUCUAAACCAGGGGGCAAAGAACGCCAUUCAGUUCCUCGAGGUAGUCAGCAGAAGCAUGGUUCAGAGUCUUCUGAAGCUGAUGAGAAAGUCUAAGGAAGUUUUCUCCUCAACCUGCAAAAUCUGAGUAUACAAAGAAUAGCCAGCCAAUACCAACAAAUUUUUUCAGUCAUCUGACUCUAGAUACACACAUCUCAAAUCAUUUACUGUUUGGUGUCCAUCUAAAUUUUGUAAUUGUUUAUUUUCUUUGGUUGAAGAUGGUAAGUCCCUGGAAGCUUCAAAGGGAUAGUUUUUACUUGUUAGAUUGCUUAGAUUACACCCCACCCUGAGUUCUCCCGUUUAGAUUCAUAAGCAUGUGUUCACAAGGAAAAUGAACAAAGAUUAUUUAUGAGCAUAAUUUAUAG